CCCCCGCUCGGCCCUGUACCAGGAAGCACCAGGGGGUCAGGAACGGAGUUGAGACAGAAGCCAGGAUGGUGGCGCCUUCGCUGAAGCUUCAGGAUCUAAUCCGAGAGAUUCGCGGGGCCAGGACUCAGGCCCAGGAGCGGGAGGUGAUCCAGAAGGAGUGCGCCCACAUCCGGGCCUCCUUCCGCAAUGGGGACCCUCUGCACAGGCACCGCCAGCUGGCCAAACUACUCUACGUCCACAUAUUGGGCUACCCUGCCCACUUUGGACAGAUGGAGUGCCUGAAACUGAUCGCUUCCCCCAGAUUCACAGACAAGAGGGUGGGCUACCUGGGGGCCAUGCUUCUAUUGGAUGAGAGGCACGAUGCCCACCUGCUCAUUACCAACAGCAUCAAGAAUGACCUGAGCCAGGGGAUUCAGCCAGUACAAGGCCUGGCCCUGUGCACUCUGAGCACCAUGGGCUCUGCUGAGAUGUGCCAGGACCUGGCCACAGAGGUGGAGAAACUUCUCCUGAAGCCCAGCCCCUAUGUGCGCAAGAAGGCCAUUCUGACUGCAGUGCACAUGAUCCGAAAGGUCCCAGGGCUCUCCAGCAUCUUCCUCCCACCUUGUACUCAACUGCUUCACGAGCGCCACCAUGGCAUCCUGCUGGGUACCAUCACGCUGAUCACCGAGCUCUGCGAACGAAGCCCUGCAGCCCUCAGGCACUUUCAAAAGGUGGUACCCCAGCUGGUGCAGAUCCUCCGGACCCUGGUGACAACAGGAUACUCCACAGAACACAGUAUAUCUGGAAUCAGCGACCCCUUCCUACAGGUCCAGAUACUUCGUUUGCUUCGGAUUCUGGGCCGGAACCACGAGGAGAGCAGUGAGACCAUGAAUGACUUGCUGGCCCAGGUGGCCACUAACACAGACACCAGCCGAAAUGCUGGCAAUGCGGUCCUGUUUGAGACAGUGCUCACCAUCAUGGACAUCCGUUCUGCAGCUGGUCUACGGGUCCUAGCUGUCAACAUUCUUGGCUGCUUCCUGCUCAACAGUGACAAGAACAUUAGGUAUGUGGCCCUGACAUCAUUGCUCCGGCUGGUGCAGUCUGAUCACAGUGCUGUGCAGCGGCAUCGGCCCACAGUGGUGGAAUGUCUACGGGAAACUGAUACCUCCCUCAGCCGAAGGGCCCUGGAACUAAGCCUGGCUCUGGUGAAUAGCUCCAACGUGCGAGCCAUGACACAGGAGCUACAGGCCUUUCUGGAGUUCUGCCCUCCGGAUCUACGGGCUAAUUGUGCCUCAGGUAUCCUGCUGGCUGCAGAGAGGUUUGCUCCAACCAAGCGGUGGCACAUAGAUACCAUCCUGCAUGUGCUGACAACGGCAGGCACCUACGUACGGGAUGAUGCAGUGGCCAACCUAAUCCAGCUGAUUGGGGGUGCCCAAGAGCUACAUGCCUAUUCUGUGCGCCGCCUCUACAGUGCGCUGGCACACGACAUCUCCCAGCAACCACUGGUGCAAGUGGCAGCCUGGUGCAUCGGGGAGUAUGGCGACCUCCUGCUGGAGGGGAACAGCGAGGAAACUGAGCCUCUUCAGGUGGGAGAUGAGGAGAUAUUGGCACUGCUGGAAAAGGUGCUGCAGUCUCAUAUGUCCCUACCAGCCACCCGAGGAUACGUCCUCACUGCCCUCAUGAAGCUCAGCACCCGGCUCCCUGGGGACAACAACCGCAUCCGCCAGGUGGUGUCCAUCUAUGGGAGUUGUCUGGACGUGGAGCUGCAGCAGCGGGCUGUAGAAUAUAAUGCACUCUUCCGGAAGUACGACUACAUGAGGGCUGCCAUCCUUGAAAAAAUGCCUCUUGUGGAGCGAGGUGGCCGCCAGGUGGAUGAGGAAGCAGAAGAAAGCAAAGAAGCAGCCCAGCUUUCAGAAGCAGCCCCUGUGUCCACAGAGCCCCAGGCCUCAAAGCUCUUGGAUCUGCUAGAUCUCCUGGAUGGACCUUCUGGGGAUGCCCAGCAUCCUCCCCCACUGGAUCCCUCCCCAGGAGUUGCCCUAGGCCACCUCCUUGACCUUCCCUGUGAACCUCCACCCCUGGCUCCCAUCCCAAAUCUCAGAGUGUUUGAGCGCAAGGGAGUACAGCUGAAUCUGUCUUUCAUUCGACCCCCUGGGACCCCUGCUUUGCUCUUAAUCACCGUCACUGUCACCAACUCCUCAGGGGGUGAUGUCACCCACUUCAUCUGCCAGGCUGCUGUGCCCAAGAGUUUUCAGCUGCAGCUACAGGUUCCCAGUGGGGACACAGUUCCAGCUCAGGGUGGCCUCCCUAUCACCCAGCUCUUCAGAAUCCUCAAUCCUAACAAGGCCCCCUUGCGGCUAAAGCUGCGCCUCACCUACAACCACUUCGGCCAGUCAGUGCAGGAGAUCUUUGAGGUGAACAACUUGCCUAUGGAAACAUGGCAGUAAUUGUCUCCACUCAGCCUGAAAUUUUGUGGUGUCUCAAACCCCAGGGAUCCUGAGCAGCUUGGAACCUUCAACUGAGGGCUACCAGCAGGUGGCACUCUGGCCCUGCAUUUGCCACUGCAAAAACAGGGGGGCCUGUCCCCCUCUCACAAGCAAUGAAAGCCCAAUAAAGCCUGAAGGGAGAGGAAAG